GAGGGAUCGGGCCGUUGCGGCUGUUGGCGGUGCGACCCCGCGGGUGCGAGGCGGCGCGCUCUCCUGAGGUGGCCCUGCUCCUUCGGCUAGGCGGCUGUGACCCCGCUCCCCAGUGCCUGCGGCCUGAGUCCGCACCCAAAAAGAUGACUGGGCGAGCCAGAGCCAGAGCCCGGGGAAGGGCCCGCGGUCAGGAGACGGCACAGCAUGUAGGGGCAGCCGCGCAGAGUCAGCAGCCAGGGUACAUUCAGCAGAGACCUCAGCAGCCACCAGCAGAAGGGGACUUGGUCGGCCGAGGACGGCAGAGAGGAGCAGCAGGAGCCACAGCCAAGCCACCAGAGCUCCAGAUUUCAGCUGGGUUUCAGGAGCUGUCGUUGGCCGAGAGAGGAGGGCGGCGCAGGGACUUUCAUGACCUCGGUGUGAACACCAGACAGAACCUCGACCAUGUCAAGGAGUCCAAAACAGGAUCUUCAGGCAUCAUAGUGAGGCUGAGCACCAACCACUUCCGGCUGACCUCCCGUCCCCAGUGGGCACUCUACCAGUACCACAUCGACUACAACCCGCUGAUGGAGGCCAGGAGGCUCCGCUCUGCGCUCCUCUUCCAGCAUGAAGAUCUCAUUGGAAGGUGUCAUGCUUUUGAUGGAACAAUAUUAUUUUUACCUAAAAGACUACAGCACAAGGUCACAGAAGUGUUCAGCCAAACCCGGAAUGGAGAGCAUGUCCGGAUCACCAUCACGCUGACCAAUGAGCUCCCACCCACAUCGCCAACCUGUCUGCAGUUUUAUAACAUCAUAUUCAGGAGGCUCUUGAAAAUCAUGAAUUUGCAACAAAUUGGACGGAACUAUUAUAACCCAAGUGACCCUAUUGAUAUUCCAAAUCAUAGGUUGGUGAUCUGGCCUGGCUUCACCACUUCCAUCCUUCAGUACGAGAACAACAUUAUGCUGUGUACCGAUGUCAGCCACAAAGUGCUGCGCAGUGAGACGGUGCUGGACUUCAUGUUCAACCUGUACCACCAGACAGAGGAGCACAAGUUUCAGGAACAAGUUUCCAAGGAGCUGAUAGGGCUGAUUGUUCUGACCAAGUAUAAUAACAAGACAUACAGGGUAGAUGAUAUCGACUGGGACCAGAAUCCAAAGAGCACCUUCAAGAAGGCAGAUGGCUCGGAGGUCAGCUUCCUGGAGUACUACCGGAAGCAGUAUAACCAAGAGAUCACCGACCUGAAGCAGCCAGUCCUGGUCAGCCAGCCCAAAAGGAGAAGGGGUCCCGGGGGCACGUUGCCUGGCCCUGCCAUGCUCAUCCCUGAGCUCUGCUACCUCACAGGUCUCACUGACAAGAUGAGGAAUGACUUCAAUGUGAUGAAGGACCUGGCAGUGCACACACGGCUGACUCCUGAGCAGCGGCAGCGGGAGGUGGGCCGCCUCAUUGACUACAUCCACAAAGAUGACAACGUGCAGAGGGAGCUUCGAGACUGGGGGUUGAGCUUCGACUCCAACUUACUGUCUUUCUCAGGACGAAUUUUGCAAGCUGAAAAGAUUCACCAAGGUGGAAAAACAUUUGACUACAAUCCACAGUUUGCAGACUGGUCAAAAGAAACAAGGGGCGCACCGCUGAUCAGCGUCAAGCCACUGGAUAACUGGCUGCUCGUCUACACGCGCAGGAACUACGAAGCUGCCAACUCGCUGAUCCAAAAUCUUUUCAAGGUGACACCAGCCAUGGGCAUACAGAUGAAAAAGGCAAUCAUGAUUGAAGUGGACGAUAGAACCGAGUCCUACCUGCGCGUCUUGCAGCAAAAGGUUACAUCAGAUACCCAGAUAGUUGUUUGUCUGUUGUCAAGUAAUCGGAAGGACAAAUAUGAUGCCAUCAAAAAGUACUUGUGUACGGACUGCCCCACCCCAAGCCAGUGUGUGGUGGCCCGGACCCUGGGCAAACAGCAGACGGUCAUGGCCAUCGCCACCAAGAUUGCCCUGCAGAUGAACUGCAAGAUGGGCGGUGAGCUCUGGCGAGUGGACAUGCCGCUGAAGCUGGCAAUGAUAGUUGGCAUUGAUUGUUACCAUGACACCACAGCUGGACGGAGGUCAAUUGCAGGAUUUGUGGCCAGCAUCAAUGAAGGGAUGACCCGCUGGUUCUCACGAUGUGUCUUUCAAGAUCGUGGACAGGAGCUGGUAGAUGGGCUCAAGGUGUGCUUGCAAGCGGCUCUGAGGGCCUGGAACAGCUGUAAUGAAUACAUGCCCAGCCGCAUCAUCGUGUACCGGGAUGGUGUCGGGGACGGCCAGCUGAAGACCCUGGUCAACUACGAGGUCCCACAGUUCCUGGAUUGCCUCAAGUCCGUUGGUAGAGGCUACAACCCUAGGCUGACGGUGAUCGUGGUCAAGAAGCGUGUGAAUGCCAGGUUCUUCGCCCAGUCUGGAGGACGACUUCAGAACCCACUUCCGGGAACAGUCAUCGAUGUAGAGGUCACACGACCUGAGUGGUAUGACUUCUUCAUCGUGAGCCAGGCUGUGCGGAGCGGGAGCGUGUCCCCGACACACUACAAUGUCAUCUAUGACAGCAGUGGCCUGAAGCCCGACCACAUCCAGCGGCUGACCUACAAGCUCUGCCACAUCUACUACAACUGGCCGGGUGUCAUCCGUGUGCCCGCGCCCUGCCAGUACGCGCACAAGCUGGCCUUCCUGGUGGGCCAGAGCAUCCACCGGGAGCCCAACCUCUCGCUCUCCAACCGCCUGUACUACCUCUGACGCGAGGCCGCCGGGCCUCCCUGCCGCAACUCCGGGAUUUUAAAUUUUUAUUUUUUUUUAGCUAUUAUCUUUCUAGAUGAGAAGGAAAUUAGAAGAUCUGAGUUUUAUUUCUAGCAUUGCUAUUUAACUUUUUCUUUAUUUUAUAGGUAAAAAAUUAAGAUUUUAUAUUUUAUCUUGUUUUCAAAAGUCUGUCAUGAUGAUUUAUUUUUAAAAAAAUGUGGAUAUAGCACUUUGUAUAGUUGACAGACUUUCUCUAAGUGUUGGACUUGCUUGGAAGUACUCUCAGGAGUGACCAAGUCCUACCUGUAAACCAGUAUUAGCUUUAUUUUUGAAAUACUUAUUUUGAACCUAAGGGAGGACAAAAAGGCAUAAAACAGGGUGCUAAGUACAGUCGUAGGUAGGUUUUAUUUGGGUAUCUGAUAUCUCAUGUUUUAAAGAUAAAAGCUACCAUUAAAUGACCUACACAAAUUAACAUGCUCAUUUUUUUCUUCUUUUUGGAGUUAGGUAGUAUGGGGGUUUAAAAAAAAAAAUUGGAAAGUUUUAAAUUUUCAUCCAAGAAAAUAUUUUAACAUUCUUUAACAAAAGAGGUAGUGGUGAAGUUCUAUAUUAACAUGACUAUUUAUUUCAUUUUGCAACCAGGACAUUAUUCUAUUUGUUGUAAAAUAAAAUAAAAUUGCUCGACAUCCUGAGUAACAAUACA